AUGAGCAUGCUACGGGUCUUGGCCACCGGCCUAUCAGCGGCCUUGUUCGCGAGUCCUGUGAUAGCACAGACUACAGCGCCAGCUUGGGGACAAUGUGGCGGCAAUGGCUGGACCGGUGCCACAAGCUGUAUCAGCGGCUAUACCUGUUCAGUUCUGAACAGUCCCACAACCGCUUCCAGCAAACCUGCCUCAACCUCAACCACCCCCAUCGCAACGUCCACUGACACUCGCACAACUUCUCGCGCAACCACCACCCUUGUGACCGUGACCACCACGGCUACAGGCGGCGGCGGCUCCGUACCUACAACUCUUGUCUCUGGAUGGUACUGGAUCCGUGCCGUGGCCUCGCCCAACUUCCACAGCUACCUCCAGGCCAAGCCCACCGGCACGCCCAGCAAAGCCUACCUCGAUUCACCCAGCAGUGCAGGUCAGUUCAAAGUCGAGGACGGUCAGCUUGUCCACCUGACUGGGUCAUCACCUCUUUACCUCAAUGUCGAGAAUCCGACAGACAAGACGCAGAGAAAGCUGGAGACGUGGUUCAGUGCAACCAAGGGUACAUACGGAACUUUUGCUUUCCAGGGUGAUACGCUUACAUGGAGUACCCCGGAUAUCAACAGGCCCAACGUGGCUGCAUGGCUUGUCUGCGAGAAUCAAGAAGUGUUUAUCAACACGGGGGCAUAUCUGUAUCAGACGCCCACUGGCUGUUUUGAUCAGACUGUGAGUGAAAGCCUCGACUCUGGCCAGAUAAUCCUACUAAACUAACCAAAACUAGAUACACUCCUAUGGAGGUUCGACCGCAGACCUCUAAUUUUACC